AUGUUGGUCCAAAAAACAGUUCGUUUCAACCAAGAGAGAAAUCAAUAUCACUACUAUCAGAGAUACCAAAGCAGUAGAAGAAAAAGAUUUUUAAAUUGUAUUAAUAAUAAUAGUAGAUCACCAUCAACAAACAGCAGCAUCAACAGUGAUAAUAAUUAUCAAUCUAGUAAAUUUAAUUUAGAUUAUAAUAAUAGUUUUAAUAAAUUAAAAGAAGAAUUAGAAUAUAAUAGUGAUAGUAAUAGUAAUAAUAAUAAUAGUAUAACCAACAACAAGAAUAAAAUCAAAAAGGACAAUCAAUUCAACAAAAACAAGAAAUUAUCCAAUAAUUAUCUAAGUCUCAAAUUGAGACCUCUCAUUUCAAAAUUGACGAUUUUUAAAAGACGACGUAGCUUUACAAACCCACAAAACAUGGCUGAAUACAAAAGUGGGCAUAUAUACAAGUUGGGUGGUGUUGGAAUUUUCAAAUACCGAAGAAAAUACUGGUUCGUUCUAACUCGUACUCAUAUUUUAUAUUAUGCUUCAUCUGAAAAAAAAACAACACCAGUAGAAUCAAUUUUAUUAAGUGAUAUAAAGAAUAUAAUAUUGUUACAAAAGGAACCAGAAGUUAUCCAAUCUACCUAUGGUUUCAUAAUUGAAUAUACAUCUUCUUCACCGACUCCAUCUAGAUUGGUUCUCCAAGUUUCACCGAUCUCUGCUUUGGCCGACUGGGUUAUUAAGAUCGACGGUAUUACUCAUCCCGAUUUCCGUUCGUUCUUGGCACAGCCAGACCGCAAGCUGCUCCUCAAGAUUCUCUUUAAGAACAACAUCAAGGGUGGCAUUAUAAAGUCGUCGGACGACGAAGAGUGGGAUUACAAUUCGAUUGGAUCGUUGUCAACAAUCGUUGGAACAAGUGCUAGCGGUGAGAAGAUCGAUUAUCACUGGGAUGGUGAAUGGCUUCGUAGUUCCAAUCACUUUGCAUCGAUUGGAACCGGUCGUUUCAACGGUGUCUAUCUCGCGUGGUACUUGAACGGCGUCGACAUCAAGUCGCCAAACACCACCACGGUGCGACCGGACAUCACUUACUUCUGGGACGAGAAAGAGAAGGAGUACAUCUCUGAACGCAAAGAGUUCACAUUCAAAUGGACACGUCAUUUCCUGGCAUCGAAAUAUGGUACUGGCGAGUGGAUUGUUGAGGGACACGUACCACAGCCAGUGGUAAUGUUCCUCCAGCUGAUCAAAUACAAGAGAAAGGGUGGUGAAAUCAAUCCAUUCCCAUGCAACAACGAUAUAAACAACGUCGACAUCGCUAUGAAUAUCAACGCUGAGGAGUUGGUGAUUGCCAAACAACUGAGUUCCAAAGAAGGAAACAAUGUGAGAUUGUCCAUUCCUGUGAAUGAAACAGUCGCAGGCACACUCAAUCUCCCACAAUAUAUCAAGGGUGAGGGAUUCCUCAAUGUAUCGCGUGUCUUGUUCGGACAGCAAUAUCCUCAAUCCAGUUCAGAUUCACAGCAACUACACGUUCCAGCCUCUGUUUCAUCACCCAAUGAUAACACAGACGACGACAACUCCCCAUCGUUGAGUAGCUCACUUGAUUCCAACAGCUCGGAGGAAGAGAAUGUUCAAGUUGGUGUCACACCAAAAGCUACAGCAGCAGCUAUCGUUGUUGUUGAUAGUUCACUCAAUGCAAGUCAGCAACAAUCGAACGACAUUGAAUCAUCGAUUGAGAAGAUGACAACUACACUGGAGUUUGAAGGUCAAUACAUCAGUAUCAAUUUGGCUACAUCGAACAAUAUGAAUCAAACCGUUGAUGAUGUAGUUGCAGAUGAAGAUGAGGAGAUAACUAAAGACGAUGAAGUAUAUAAUAGUAGUUUGGAGAAUGAAUAUUCAAAGAGUAGAAGAGAUACACUAAAGCUAUUGAACGACACCAUAUUUGAAUCAAAGAAGAUACAAAGUAGAUCUUCAUUGCUUGAAAUUGAAAAGUUAUUCAAUACUCCAAAGACAGCUGCCCAUGUUGAACCAGAGAUUAUCACAGUUAACAACUUGAAUGUAGUAGAAGAUCAACAACAACAACCUACAACAAUCAUCAAGUUGGAAGAUGAACUGAUAAAAGUAGAUCAAGAUAACAGACCUGUAGAUCCAUCGACUCUUGACUCAACAAGUGAUAUUGGAGAAGAUGAAGAUGAAGACAUUGUCGAAGUAGAGGAUAAUGAUAUUAUCAUAGUUCAAGAUCAACAUCAACUACAAGAUGUCGAAGUCGAUGAACUCUCUGAAACAUCAACGGUAUCAACAACAUCUGAAUCUACGGCUACCGAUUUCUCAGAGUUGAGAGUUUCAACACCGCUGAGUAGUAGUAAUACUCCACAUCGUCAGAGCUCAGCAUCACCGACCACCAUCUCAUUCAGUGAACUUCGUAACUCACUUACACCAACUAAGGAUAUAUUAGUUGAUAGUUUUACACUGUAUAACAACAACCUUUCGUCGUUGACGUCGUCACCCAACAUUCUGCUGUCACCGCGAACAUCGAACUUCCCAAGUACGCCACUCGGCUCCGUUAUCGGACCGACACCAAGCGAGCAAGGCUCCUACAAAUCAAAGCGUAUGCCACUGGUGAAAUCAUCGUCAAGCGAUCACGUAGUUUCUAUAGUCGACAACAUUGCAUCGUCAUCGAAGCAGAUUCGUCAAACAUUCUGUCUCGCUUGCAACCAGCCUAUCUUUGGUCAUAUGAUUAUCGCACUCGGUAGCAGCUAUCACCGUGACUGUUUCAAAUGCCACAAAUGUCGACAAGAACUAGGUACAAAAACAUUCUAUCGACAAGGUUUAAUAAGUUCAACUGAUAGUAAUAAUAAUAAUGAAUCAAUAAUCAAUAAUAAUACACCUAAUUUAUAUUCAUCAUCAUCAAACAACAUAACUACAACAACUACAACAACAACAACUUCUAAUAGCAAUAAUAAUAUGACACCAUUGUUAUUAGAUUUAUUAUCUGUAUCGAAUGAACCAUAUUCACCAUUGUCAUCGAGUUCCAUUAGUUCACCAUUGCUAGGUUCAACAUCGCCCAAUCCAACUACUAAACAACUGCUACCUAAAUAUCUUUGUGAAACAUGUUUCAAUGACGUUUGUCCUGUUUGCCCGUCAUGUAAUGCCAAUGUUAUGUACAGAUGUGUGAAUGCCCUUGGUAAAAAGUGGCACACCGAUCAUUUCACUUGCAAAGAAUGUAGCCAAGCAUUGGUUGGUAAGAGUUUCUUUGAGGUCGACGGUCAACCUUAUUGUGUUGCCGAUUACAACAGAAUCUUUAACAAUAGCAACAACAACAACAACAACAACGACAAUAAUAAUAACAACAACAACAAUUGUAUUAUAAAUUUAAAUAACAACAACAACAAUAAUAUUGAUAAAAAUAACAACAAUACAAAUGAUACAUCAUUGAUAUCAUAA